AUGUCCAUUGACUCAGACGUGGUUCCUGAUGAUAUGAAAGCAGCUCGUGUUACUCCAAUAUACAAAAAGUCAAGUCCUCUCGAAGUCGGCAACUAUAGGCCGUCCUAUCUGACUGACCGUACACAACUAGUACACACUAACAAGGUGUCUUCAAACAGCCUUGAAGUUACAUGCGGAGUUCCUCAAGGAAGCAUUCUUGGCCCCUUGCUCUUCCUCUGCUACGUGAAGGACAUGCCCACAUGUAUAGACACUGACUGCAAACUCAUCUUGUACGCAGACGACAGCGUUAUCUUGUUUGCACAUAAAGAUUCUGCGACCAUCUCAAAUAAACUUUCUCGGGAGGAGGCGGAGGAAGAGGAGGAGGAGCAGGAGGAAAAGGAGGGGGAAGAGGAGGAGGAGGAUGAGGAUGAGGGAUGA